CGCACUGCCCGCGGCGUCGGCGCGCUGGUCGGCGGCCGGUUUCCGGGCACGUCCCCGUCCCGUCCCCCCCGCGCUGCGGCGGCUCCGCCGGCCCAGGGGGAUGCGGUGCCCCCGCUGCCGAACAGGCGAGCCGCGGCGCGCCUGAGCGCUCGCAUCCCUUCCCUGGCAGCUUCUUUCCUCGCAGGGGCGCGGGGCCGUGCCCGCUCCCCCGCCCCGGCAUGGAGGAGAAGUACGGCGGUCAGGCCUUGGCCGGCGGCGGCGUGCUGGGGCCCGUGGAUGUGCCUAGCGCCCGGAUGACUCGGUACAUCAUGCUGUUGUGCUUCACCAAGUUUUUGAAAGCUGUGGGGCUGUUUGAAUCCUACGAUCUUCUGAAAGCAGUUCACCUUGUGCAGUUUAUCUUUAUAGUGCAGCUGGGGUCUGCACUUUUUAUGGUUUUGUUUCAAAAACCAUUUUCUUCUGGAAAAGUGGUAACCAAACAUCAGUGGAUCAAAAUUUUUAAGCAUGCUGUUGUGGGAUGUAUCAUUUCACUCUUGUGGUUUUUUGGCCUUACUCUUUGUGGACCACUGAGGACAUUGUUGCUGUUUGAGCACAGUGAUGUGGUUGUGCUAUCACUCCUUAGUGUCUUGUUCACAAGCUCAGGUGGAGGACCAGCAAAGACAAGAGGUGCUGCAUUUUUCAUCAUAGCUGUCAUCUGCUUACUACUUUUUGAUAAUGAUGACCUCAUGGCUAAAAUAGCAGAACAUCCUGAGGGGCAUCAUGACAGUGCUCUUACCCAUGUUCUGUAUACAAUCAUUGCUUUCCUGGGUGUUGCAGAUCACAAGGGAGGAGUACUGCUUCUGGUACUGGCAUUGUGCUGUAAGGUUGGUUUUCACGUGGCUUCCCGAAAACUAUCUGUAGAUGUAGGUGGAGCCAAGCGUCUUCAAGCUUUGUCUCAUCUUGUUUCUGUCCUCCUGUUGUGCCCAUGGGUCAUUGUCCUCUCUCUGACAACAGAGAGUAAAGUAGAGUCUUGGUCUUCUCUCAUCAUGCCUUUCAUAACAGUCAUCUUUUUCGUUGUAAUCCUGGAUUUCUACGUGGAGUCCAUUUGCUCGGUCAAGAUGGAAGCUUCCACGUGUGCUCGAUACGGAUCCUUUCUUAUUUUCGUUAGUGCACUGCUUUUCGGUAACUUCUGGACACAUCCAAUAACAGACCAGCUUCGAGCUAUGAACAAGCCACCACACCAUGAAAGCACAGAGCACGUUCUUUCUGGAGGGGUGGUAGUGAGUGCUGUCUUCUUCAUUCUGUCUGCCAAUAUCCUGUCCUCCCCCUCCAGGAAAGGGCAGAAGGGUACCCUUAUUGGCUAUUCUCCCGAAGGCACUCCUCUCUAUAACUUCAUGGGUGAUGCAUUACAUCAGAGCUCUCAGUCAUUACCCCGGUUUAUUAAGGAGUCACUGAAACAAAUCCUUGAGGAGUAUGAUUCCAGGCAGAUCUUCUAUUUCUUGUGCCUAAAUCUGGCUUUCACUUUUGUGGAAUUGUUUUAUGGAGUGUGGACCAAUAGUCUUGGUCUUAUUUCUGAUGGAUUUCACAUGCUUUUUGAUUGUUCUGCAUUAGUGAUGGGGCUUUUUGCAGCUCUGAUGACAAGAUGGAAAGCAACUCGCAUAUUUUCCUAUGGGUAUGGACGUGUAGAAAUUCUCUCAGGAUUUAUUAAUGGACUCUUUCUGAUGGUAAUUGCUUUCUUCGUCUUCAUGGAAUCAGUGGCCAGACUGGUGGAUCCUCCAGACAUAGAUACAAAUAUGCUAACUCCAGUUUCUGUUGGAGGGCUGAUCGUAAACCUUGUUGGUAUCUGUGCCUUUAGCCACGCACACUCCCAUGGGGCUUCUCGGGGAGGUUGUCACUCACACGAUCACAGCCAUUCUCACCACGGGCACAGCCACAGCCACGGGCACAGCCAUUCCCACAGUGACCAUGGGCACAACCAUGGACAUUCCCACGGGUCUUCUGGAGGAGGCAUGAAUACCAACAUGAGAGGUGUGUUUCUGCAUGUGUUAGCAGACACUCUUGGCAGUGUUGGUGUUAUCGUAUCCACAAUAUUUAUUCAGCACUUUGGAUGGCUCAUAGCCGAUCCGCUCUGCUCUCUUUUUAUUGCUACACUGAUUUUUCUUAGUGUUAUCCCCCUAUUGAAAGAUGCCUGCCAAGUGCUUUUAUUGAGGAUACCUCCAGAACAGGAGAAAGAUCUGCAUGGCGCUUUAGAAAAGAUUCAAAAAAUAGAGGGAGUCAUAUCCUACAGAGAUCCUCAUUUUUGGUGUCACUCUGCAAGUGUUGUGGCAGGUACAAUACAUGUGCAAGUGAUAUCGGAUGUGAUGGAACAGCGAAUCGUACAGCAGGUUACAGCAAUUUUGAAAGAUGCUGGUGUAAACAACCUAACUGUCCAAGUGGAGAAGGCAGAUUAUUUUCAACAUAUGUCUGGACUCAGUACAGGAUUUCAGGAUGUCCUUGCAAUGACUCAGCAACUAGAAUCCAUGAAAUACUACAAAGAUGGCACUUACAUCAUGUGAUACAAAGCUCUGUCCACCAAAGGAAGUGUAUAAAUGGUGGUAGGAUUCCAUCUUAGUAUUUUUGUCAGGAGAUCUUGCACAUACGUGUACAGAACCAAAUGUACUAUAUAUUUUAAUUUUUGUAAGCAUACUGUCUUUAAUAAAAUUGGAUCAAGAUGCUUUUAUAAUGGAAAUAAGAUGGACUUGAAUAUUUGCCGUAUAUGUGAAAAUAAUGGAAAUCUUAAAAUACCGUGUUUAGUGUUUACUAAGCAGAAGUCUUGCAACUUGUGGAUGAACACCAAUACAAUCCAUACUUUCUCUUAAA